AUGGAUUUUGAUCAGUGCAGAGACGUCGGCGGCUUAUGGAUCCACAAGUUUUUCCAUGAAGACGUCAUACGUUCCGCGCUUGCGUACAAGCCACGGGACGACGACCUGUUCUUGGUGACGUACCCUAAGUGUGGCACAACUUGGACGCAGUACAUCAUCCUCAGCAUACUCACCGACGGUCAUCCACCCAAAACUGUUGUUGACGUUGAGUUAGCUUCGCCGUUGAUGGAAAUGAUGGGCGCUGAAGCAGCCGAAAGAAGGGUUAGGCCAGGGCUGUUGAAGACUCAUCUGCCAUUCAACUUGCAGCCAUACUCGCCUCAAGCGAGGUACAUCUACGUCACACGCAACCCGUACGACGUAUGCGUGUCAUUCUACUAUUAUCUAAAAAGCAUGACGCCCAAGAGAUAUGAUGCUUCAUUCGAGCGAUUCAGUAAAUUAUUCAUGGCCCGCAAGCUUUCCAGUGGGGACUACUUCGACCAUUUACUCUCCUGGUACGAGCACCGGAGUGACCCAAAUGUUCUCUUCUUCACUUACGAGCAAAUGAAAAAAGACACUGAUUUCUGGAUAGUCAAGAUCGCGGACUUCAUGGGCAAACAGUACGGGAAGAAGCUUCGUGAGGACAAGACAUUACUAAGCAGGAUACGUGAAUCAUCAAGCCUCAAGAACUAUGCGAGGCGUCUUCAACGAACAUGCCGAACACUUUUUUGA